AUGCACACAUUCACCUUGCGUACUGGGCUCCGGUCUUUCUGUAAUAAGGCGCAGACGAGACCUCGUUCAUUCCAGCGAGCCUUAAUCUCUUCGACUACAUCGCGACAAGCCAAGAACCAGAUAUACACCCCUAUCCGCAACAAUGACUCCUUCUCGACCUAUCUUUCACUCUCGACGUCGUCCCGGACCCCCCUGCUGACCCUGUGGACCGCCUCAUGGUGCUCGACCUGCAAAGUCGUAAGCCCUCUCAUCAGAGAUCUUAUAGAGUCUGGCGUUGGCGAGGAGGAGGGAGGCGUGUCUCUUGCGACGGUUGAGUUUGACUCACCGGAUAUCAUGUCAGGAAGUCCCAACUUAGCCAUGACUUACAUGAUCACCAGCAUUCCCACGCUCUUAAGUUUCGAUGGUGGGGAGGCACAAACAACGACCAAACUAUCGGAUGCCAGAAAGCUCGCGGACAGGGAGUUUCUGAAGGAAUGGAUCCGAACUGAAGCCAGGAGACAUGGUGGCCGUGGAGGAGGAGGAGGCGGUUCGUCUAUCUUUGGAGGGCUGUUUGGCAAAUAA